AUGAAUUUAUUCGUGCAAGAUCCCUUUCUAUAUGACGAACGACCUAGAUUUGACUGUCCAGAAGAAUAUGCAGCAGCUAUUAUUACGAUUCUAUCACUCAUCGCUGCCAUAUAUAAUUUUAUAGUCCUUGCGAUGCGAAUUCGUCGCUCGUCUUCUUCAGCACUCCUCCGUCUUUUAUUUUUUGUCAGCAUAUGCACUAUUAUAGCUCUUGUCUGUAGAAUUAUUACACAGUAUUUCUAUUUUAUAACUUUUUUCAGUGGUAUCACAAACUUAGCACUCGCAAGUGGUUCUAUGGGAUUUAUGAUUACUGAAGCUUGGACCACCAAGAUUUUUAUGCCCAAGAUGACUGCAUGGACCAUGAAAAAGCUUGUUUUUCUCCAGGUCGCUGUACAUAUUAUCACAGCAACACCCAUUUAUUUUAAAGGAUUUUUAUUUACCCAAAACUCUGACCCCAUAUUUUUUGCAAAGUGGUUCAAAUACACUUCUGGAGUAUGGUGGGGAUGGUGUAUUUUCAUGGACACGAUUCUUAAUAUCUGGCUUGCAAGAGAAAUUGUUGCUCUAUCUGCCAGAAUGAUUGUAAUAAAAACACAAUCGGGAAGAUCACAAACAUCCAAAUCAGCAGCAUCAAACGGAUCCGUGAUAUCUAAUGGUGGAUCUACUGAUGCCAGCUCCUCAAACACACCCCAGCUUUUAAAAACUGAGCAAAAACUUGGUACAAGAAAAUCUGUCGCGCCAGUUAAAACAUACGCUGAAAACAUUGUAAGAAGAUUCCAGCUCCAGUUCCGCAAAACCAUUGUGUGGAUGGUCAUCUUUUCCAUUAUUGAUGUAACCAGUGUAGUCACGUACUUUAUCUAUGUGUUGAAUUAUACACAACCUGGAUCUGUAAAAAAUCGUCAUGCGAGUGCAUUCUCCCAGAUUGCCACAUCAAGUGUUGGACUGCAUUUAUUGGCUGUUUCAUUAUUGAUUCGCAAUUUGACUAGACUGGUUAGAAUACCUAAUGACAAAAUAUAA